UUAAACAGGACUUGCAGCUCCAGUGUAGGUUUUUUCAGAAGCUCCGCCCCAAUGCUGUAUUUUUUUAUUAUUCCAGGAGGCUAUAAAGAGAGCAGACAAAGGAAGUAGGCGGAGUUCCUGUUUAUCGCCAUUUGGCCAGUGGUGGCUAAGCGCCUGAAGGUGGCUGCUUCCUUUGCUCAGAUCAACCCUCGGGCCGGUGUCCCCCUUUCUACAAUGAGGCACAUGCAGAGUGUAACCCGGGCCACCUCCAUUUGUGGCAGCGGGGUGAAGCAGGUCAUUGGCAAGGGGCAUCCGCACGCCCGGGUUGUUGGAGCGCGCAAGGCGCGAAUCCCUGAGAGAGAGGAGUUGUCAGUCAAACCCAAAAUGGUGCGAAAUACCCAUCUCAAUCUACAGCCCCAGGAGCGCCAGGCCUUCUACAGGCUCCUAGAAAAUGAGCAGAUUCAGGAAUUCCUUUCUAUGGACUCCUGUCUAAGGAUUUCCGACAAGUAUCUCAUAGCAAUGGUUCUAGCAUAUUUUAAGCGGGCGGGCCUCUACACCAGCGAGUACACAACCAUGAAUUUCUUUGUUGCCCUGUAUCUGGCUAAUGACAUGGAGGAAGAUGAAGAAGACUAUAAAUAUGAAAUCUUCCCCUGGGCACUAGGAGACUCGUGGCGUGAGCUUUUCCCACAAUUUUUGCGUCUCCGGGACGACUUCUGGGCUAAAAUGAACUACCGAGCAGUUGUUAGUCGAAGGUGCUGUGAUGAGGUAAUGUCAAAAGAUCCCACUCAUUGGGCCUGGCUGAGAGAUCGCCCCAUCCAUCACAGCGGGGCCAUGCGUGGUUACCUUAGAAACGAGGACGACUUUUUCCCCCGGGGUCCAGGCCUUACACCAGCCAGCUGUACACUUUGCCAUAAAGCAGGUGUCUGUGACUCUGGUGGGGUCUCCCACAACAACUCCUCCUCUCCAGAACAAGAGAUUUUUCACUACACCAAUAGGGAGUGGUCCCAGGAGCUUCUCAUGUUGCCCCCUGAGCUGUUGCUGGAUCCCGAGUGUACUCAUGACUUACACAUUCUCCAGGAGCCAUUGGUUGGAUUAGAGCCAGAUGGGACGGCGCUGGAAUGGCACCACCUUUAGUAGCCGAUUGUCUCCUCCGAGCUUUUAUUCUUCUCUACUCACAAGCUCAGCACUUAUUCUCUCCUCCUAAGGACUUGUCAAUGUUCAGACUUAAUUGAAAUGGGAGAAGUGAAUAUUCCGACGGAUGUAGAGCGGGAAUAUGUGCCAGAGAAAGUGUUUUGAGUCUGUAUAAACCGUUGCUUUGUAAAUAAAUAUAUGAAUGUUCUCUGUGCUGGUCACUAAUAAAGAUCAGGUAAAAUCACUUUCAGGUGUAAUUUAAUAGUAUGUAUGUAGAGUCUUUAAUUCAGCUCUCCACCAAAUAGUAACUUGUCAUCACUGAACCUUUGCUUAACUACACUUUUAUUCUGCACACAAAUAUUCUGAAGAUCAGACCGUUCUGUUUUCAGAUGGGUUGAAAAUAUUAAACUCAACAGAAUUCCUGUGGUGUAAUGUAAAUGCAAA